ACCGGGAGCCGCUGGGGCUAGGGGAGGCUUUCUCCAGGAGGCAGCCGCUCAGGAGCCAUGGUGGACCGGGGCCCAUUGCUCACCUCGGCCAUCAUCUUCUAUCUGGCCAUCGGGGCAGCGAUCUUCGAGGUGCUCGAGGAGCCGCACUGGAAGGAGGCCAAGAAAAACUACUAUACACAGAAACUGCAUCUGCUCAAGGAGUUCCCGUGUCUGGGCCAGGAGGGCCUGGAUAAGAUCUUGCAGGUAGUAUCUGAUGCUGCAGGACAGGGUGUGGCCAUUACGGGGAAUCAGACCUUCAACAACUGGAACUGGCCCAAUGCAAUGAUUUUUGCAGCCACGGUCAUCACUACCAUUGGCUAUGGCAAUGUGGCCCCCAAGACCCCUGCCGGGCGCCUCUUCUGUGUCUUCUAUGGUCUCUUUGGAGUGCCACUCUGCCUGACGUGGAUCAGUGCCCUGGGAAAAUUCUUCGGGGGACGUGCCAAGAGGCUGGGCCAGUUCCUCACGAAGAGAGGCGUGAGCCUGCGACAGGCGCAGAUCACGUGUACAGCCAUCUUCAUUGUAUGGGGCGUCCUGGUCCACCUGGUGAUCCCGCCCUUCGUGUUCAUGGUGACGGAGGAGUGGGACUACAUCGAGGGCCUCUACUACUCCUUCAUCACCAUCUCUACCAUCGGCUUCGGAGACUUUGUGGCUGGUGUGAACCCCAGCGCCAACUACCACGCCCUGUACCGCUACUUUGUGGAGCUCUGGAUCUACCUGGGGCUGGCCUGGCUGUCCCUUUUUGUCAACUGGAAGGUGAGCAUGUUCGUGGAGGUCCACAAGGCCAUCAAGAAGCGGCGGCGGCGACGGAAGGAGUCUUUUGAGAGCUCCCCACACUCCAGAAAGGCUCUGCAAGUGACUGGGAGUACGGCGUCCAAGGACAUCAACAUCUUCGGUUUUCUGUCCAAGAAGGAGGAGACCUACAAUGACCUCAUCAAGCAGAUUGGGAAGAAGGCAAUGAAGACGAGCGGGGCUGGAGAGAGGGUCCCAGCGCCGGGGCUGGGGCCCCAGGGUGGUGGGCUUCCAGCCCUCCCCACUUCCCUGUCCCCCCUGGUGGUUUACUCCAAGAACCGGGUGCCCAGCUUGGAAGAGGUGUCUCAGACGCUAAGGAGUAAAGGCCAUGUGUUGCGGCCCCCCAGCGAGGAGGCCGGGGCAGGACCCCCCAAGGAGGGCUCCCCGACCUCCGAGGUCUUCAUUAACCAGCUGGACCGAAUCAGCGAGGAGGGUGAGCCGUGGGACGCCCAGGACUACCACCCGCUCAUCUUCCAGAACGUCAGCGUCACCUUUGCAAAUGAGGAGGCCGGCCUCUCGGACGAGGAGACAUCCAAGUCCUCCAUAGAGGACAACCUGGCUGGGGAGGAGAGGCCCCAGGAGGCGACCGAAGCCGAGGUGCCCCUGAACCUGGGCGAGUUCCCGUCGUCCGAUGAGUCCACCUUCACCAGCACCGAGUCGGAGCUCUCUGUGCCCUACGAACAGCUUAUGAACGAGUACAGUCAGUCAGACUGCCCCAGGGGCACGUGAGGCAGGCCCAGCUCCCCACCCCACCUCCGAUGGCUUCUGUUCCCCUCAUCCUGGGGCGUCCUACUACGUCUGGGACCUCUGGCCCCUGGUGGGAGGCAGCCCUGGAACAGGGAGUGGGGGGCCAGGGCCUUUCCUCACCUUCCAUCCCCUCCGGCGAGAUGCUGCGGGUCAGACUCGGCGUGCGCCCAGGGCAGGGCCCCUCCCUGGCUGAAUGGGCACGCUGGCAGUGGGAGGCUGGUGUAUUUGGUGGUUCAGAGACCGGUGUGGGCUGGCAGGUGACUCUUCAGGCUGCACGGGUCUUCGGACGUUUGGUUGAGCGUGUCACACGGUUCUCUUAGGCUCGGAGCCCCGGCCAUUUGAGUUUACCAGUAUUAAUGAGCUCCUGUGUGCCCAGCACGUAGCUAGUAUGUCAGAAGCGGGGGGAGGGCACUAGGAGCCCUGGGUCCUGCCUUUGCAGGAGGUACAGCAGUGGUGCGGGGAGCGUUCCAGCUCCUCAGCAGAUAGCAGGGCGCUGCAUGAGAUGCCCGUAUAAGCAUCCCCCAACCCCAC